AUGGAUAUCCCUAUAAGGAUUCAAGGCCUAGGCGACGACACAAAAUCAGAGGAAGAGUAUCCGCACAGGAGUAUUGAGUACUCUGAUGUUUCGAAAUGUUUACACUCGCUACCGAAGUUAAGGAGUACAAUCUUUGAAGUAACCCCGAGCACAAGUGUUGGACGAACAGUGAAACAUGCACCAUUGACUCCUUUUAAUAUGGACAGAGAUCAUUCCACUACCAGAAUGCCUCCAACUCCAACACCACAACAUGCGGUAAUGUGGAACAAGAUCCCACGCAUAUACUCACUAUCGACAACAGAGCAACUUUCCGCGAGGUAA